ACUUUACCGACCCAUACAGAUCUCCAAAGCCUCACCUUUGUACUAUUUCUUUGGUCUCUCAUCUCUCUAGAAGUCUCUCCUCCUUGUUUUCAUCUUGCUCUUUCUCGUUUUCUGGGAUUUUGAUCUUUUUGCCUCCCCCCACCCCCCCCAUUGUUUCGCUUGAAUUACGAAUCCGUUCUCGCCGAUCGUCAUAGAUCUACGUUGAUAUUGUCGGGCUGAGUAAAACAGAGAGUGAAACAAUAACAAAAACACAGAGGGGGGUUUAAAAAUCCUGAAGAAAAGAGAAAUCGCAUGAAUUUGUUUGGAGGCCUGAUCUUUUCAUCUUCGAUUUCGAGCCACUUCACGACUUGUCUUCUCAUCUUUAUUCUUCAUUUCUCUCCCCAGCUUAAUAGUAAUAGUAAUAAUAAUAAUAAUAAUAAUCGUAAUUAUAAUAGUAAUCAUGGAGUCCAGGAAAAACACUGAUCGUCAAAUGCGUAGAGCUAAUUGCUUUUCAGCUGGUGAAAGGGUGAAGACAAGGUCACCGUCGGUGAUUGUCAUCGGAGGUGGUUUUGGUGGAAUCUCAGCUGCUCGCACUCUUCAUGAUGCUUCCUUUCAGGUUAUGGUGCUGGAGUCCCGUGACAGAAUUGGUGGACGAGUUCACACUGAUUACUCAUUUGGUUUUCCUGUUGAUCUUGGUGCAUCAUGCUAUGCUCUGUUUGAUAUGGAUGGCAACCAAGUUCCCCAAGAGUUGGUAACUCAGGUUGGCGUCACUUUUGAACAUAUUUUGGAAGAGAUUAAUAAAGUCAGGGAUGAGCAGGAUGCAGACAUGUCAAUGUCUAAGGCUUUCUCAAUAGUCUUUACUAGGAAACCCGAGUUGAGAUUAGAGGGGCUUGCACACAAUGUACUUCAGUGGUAUGUAUGCCGCAUGGAAGGAUGGUUUGCCGCAGAUGCAGAUACCAUCUCUGCAAAGUGUUGGGAUCAGGAGGAGUUACUGCCAGGUGGACACGGACUUAUGGUUAGAGGGUAUCGUCCUGUCAUCAACACUCUGGCCAAAGGUCUUGAUAUCCGAGUAGGCCACAGGGUUACGAAGAUAGUAAGGCGGUACAAUGGAGUGAAGGUAACGACAGAAAACGGGGAAACAUUUGUUGCUGAUGCUGCAGUCAUUGCUGUUCCUCUCGGAGUGUUAAAAGCUGGAACCAUAAAGUUCGAACCGAAGCUACCUGAGUGGAAACAAGAAGCAAUCAACGACCUAGGAGUAGGUAUCGAGAACAAGAUCAUACUACAUUUUGAGAAAGUCUUCUGGCCGAAAGUAGAGUUUCUAGGAGUGGUAGCUGAAACCUCCUACGGUUGCAGUUAUUUUUUGAACCUGCACAAGGCCACGGGUCAUCCUGUCCUGGUUUACAUGCCGGCUGGUCAGCUCGCUAAAGACAUCGAGAAAAUGUCUGAUGAAGCAGCUGCAAGUUUCGCCUUCUUGCAACUCCAGAGAAUUCUUCCGGAUGCAUUGCCUCCGGUUCAGUAUCUUGUAUCAAGGUGGGGAUCGGAUGUGAAUUCACUGGGAUCUUAUAGCUACGAUAUCGUGGGAAAACCUCAUGAUCUCUACGAGAGGCUUAGGGUUCCAGUGGAUAACCUAUUCUUUGCCGGUGAAGCAACGAGCUCGAGCUUCCCGGGCUCUGUUCACGGCGCUUAUUCAACUGGAUUGAUGGCAGCUGAAGAUUGUAGGAUGCGAGUUUUGGAGCGGUAUGGUGAGUUGGAUCUGUUUCAGCCUGUGAUGGGUGAAGAAGGACCGUUCUCUGUUCCGCUUCUUAUCUCCCGUCUCUAAACUCCCCCAUCAUUGACUAGAAAGAACCUGAAGUGAAGAUGGGAUUUGUCUUGUGUCUUAAUUUGAAACUAUAACUAUUCUCGUGUUGGAUCGUUUAAAACAUCUUCGGUUUGUUAUUCAAUAAAUUUGAACAUUAUAUAUAUCCUUGUGAUAUUAUUUAUA